AUGGCUCCACACAAUCUGAAGGUUUUCCGGGGGCCUCACCUCCUGUGGCCGCUGCUUUUCCUCCUAGCCACAGACAUCUGCAUGAUUGGUAACCUUAGCGCGCGACCGGCCCAUCUCACCACUGCCGCGACUACUGCCGGUGCCGGUGCCAGCCCAGCUCCCCACCCAGGGGCUGCCGCCGCGGGCGCCUUGCAACCGCCAUCGUCGUCCCAACCGCUGCCGCAGCCUCCGGAAGCCAGGUCCGGACCCGAGAGUGGAGCCGCAGUGCAGGCGGGUUGCGCUGUUGAGCUCAUCGUCAUCGGCGACUCCUUGUCUGACACAGGCAACGUAUACAACCUAACCGGUGGCGGCAUACCAGCGGCGACGGCCUACUGGCACGGCCGAUUCGCCGAUGGGCCCAUGUGGCCGGACUUCCUGGCGCAGCGGCUCUCCCACGAUUGCGGGCCCGUUGGAUAUGUUGGCAACGACGGCGACGAGGGCAACAGCACCGCGCGCGCAGGGUGUCGUGUUGCCGUACGGGACUACGCGUACGGCGGCGCGACGGCGUGCAAGGGUGGUACAACUCUCCUGUCGUCGGUGCCAGACCUCAUGGCGCAGGGCUUAUUGCCGCAAGCCUGCACCUCAGCCUCCGCCUCCGCAGCCUCUUCUUCCCAUGCCGGGCCGGGCCCCGCGCACGUGCGCCUCAUCAACCUGUGGAUUGGACACAACGACUUUACAUCGCCGCCGCACGAUUGGAACGCUCCAGGGACGGCGGCUGGCGUCGCCGCCAACGUCAGCGCCUGCAUCGAGGCCGCGCUGAGCCGUUUGAUGGCAGCGCUGGCGGUGCCUUCCGGCGGUGAUGGCGGUGACGGCGGCGGCAACAGAGGUAGGAGUAGGGAUGUCAUCAUCGUGUGGACGUUGGCGCCCAUCGAAGCUUCCAACGAGUUGCCGCCGGGGAGUCGUGCGGCAGCGCAGAUCGCCGGACAGGCCAUCAAUUCCGGUCUGGCAGCGCUGCUGGCGCGGCUUCAGCAGCGCUACCCGACGAGCCCUGCACUCUACUUGUACGACGCGUACGGCGCCAUCACAUGUGCGAUCAACAAUUCGACGUGCAUGGGCCCGCUGGACUUGCGGCCCUGCCUGGAAGAUCCUUCUGAGGCGGUAUCCCACAACCCCGCAGGGGAGGCCAAGGCUUCCGGCGGGGCUAUCCGCUACGCAUUGGCACCUUCCGGCGUGGCCUGCAGCGACCCGGCGGGUCACCUUUGGUACGAUGGAGUGCACUUGUCGAGCAAAGCACAUGAGCUGCUGCUGGCGGGGACGCUAGGUGCAUCGGUAGAGCCUUCGUCAUUGCUCAGGGAUGGCGGCGGUCGUGGCGGCGACUGGGCCCCGUGCUGA